GGUCGAUCGGAGCAGUCUGUGGGCGGUGGAAACUCUUUUCCAGCCAUGCCCCAAAUUGCUCCCUUUGCUCGUGCGUUCUCUUCCUCCUUUGGCACGCUUCCUCCUUCCUCUCUCCCUUCUUUCACUUGCUCGCUCUCUCCCCUCUUCUCUUCUUUCUCUCCUUUCUUUCACCCCCUUCCUCUCUCUCCUCUCCUCUUCUUCCUCUCCCGUUUUCCCUCCAUACAGCUACGUUCUGGGGGCGGUGGAAACGCUUCUCGACGCCAUGCCUCAUAUGGCUCUCUCUUCCCUCUCCCUCCUUUCACCCCCUCCCUCUCUCCCCUCUCCUAUUCUCCCUCCCCCCCCUCUUCCUCCAUACAGCUACAUACUGGGAGCGGUGGAAACGCUUCACAACGCCAUGCCUCAUAUGGCUCUCCUCCACACAUUUCUCCUUUCCUCUUCUCCCCUCUCCCCUCCCCGCUUCUCCCCUUCUCCCUCUCCCCAUUAUCCCCCUCGCAGCUACAUUCUGGGGGCGGUGGAAACUCUCCUCGACGCCAUGCCUCAUAUGGCUCUCUUCCCUCGUGCGUUCCCUCCCUCCUUUCACUCCCUCCUUCCCCGUUUCUCUGCCGUUGCCUCUAAAUCCUCGCAAGCCAUGACAGUGACGGUGCAGGCAGCAGUGAAUGCAACUGAAGCUGCAAUCAACGGCACCAUGGCUGCUGCGUCCACAGCAGCAGAAACGGUGCUUUCAGUGUCCAGACACGACAUGCAGGUGGGGGUGUGUGAGAGCAGCAGGUGGGCAGCAGGUGAGCAGCAGGUGAGCAGCAGGUGGGCAGCAGGUGAGCAGCAGGUGGGCAGCAGCGUUGCUGCUGCACCCACAGCAGCACAAACGGUUUUGUCGGUAUCGAGACACGACAUGCAGCUGUUCCCCUCUCCAUGCAACCCCUGUUCCCACACCCCGCCCACCCUGCCCUCACACCAGGCAUACGGCAUCAUCACCACCAUCUGCCUGUGCCUCAUUGCAUACGGCAUCAUCACCACCAUCUGCCUCUGCCUCAUAGUCUUCGGCGGAGUGCAUCUGGUGGACCGCGUGGGAUCGCUCUUCAUCAUCCCAGCCGUCCUCGCUGUCGUCUCUGUCUUCAUCGGAAUCUUCCUGUCUCCAGACGCCGAAUCACCAGCUGGCCUGACUGGUCUCAGCACCACCACCCUCUUCGCCAACUGGUUACCAAGUUACCAGACCACCAACUCCAAUGGCAUCCCCGACCCAAAUGGCUCUUUCUACUGGGGCUUUAACCAGCUGCUGGGGCUCUUCUACCCUGGUGUCACGGGCAUCAUGGCGGGAUCCAACCGCUCAGAGGCUCUGAGGGACACACAGCGGUCCAUCCCCACGGGCACUCUGGCGGCUAUUGUCUCAAUGACUGGUCUCUACGUGGUCUCCAUACUGCUGUUUGGGGCUGUUGCCACCAGGGACCUCCUUGUUACCGACAGGCUCCUCACUGCCACCAUCGCAUGGCCCGUGCCAGCUGUCGUCCAGGUGGGCAUUGUUCUGUCAACGCUGGGAGCAGCACUGCAGAACCUCAUGGGAGCACCACGGCUGCUGGCGGCAAUUGCGAAUGACAACGUGCUGCCGGUGCUGAAUGCAUUCAAGGCGGAGAGCCAUCAGGAGCCGCACCUAGCCACGCUCUUCACACUGCUGCUCUGCUGCAGCUUUGUGCUGAUAGGGGACGUGGACUAUGUAUCCCCAGUCAUCACAAUGUUCUUCCUGCUCUGCUACUGCUUGCCCUCCCCCCCUCCCCUUCCUCUCACCCACAGCUUCGUGCUGAUAGGAGACGUGGACUACGUAUCACCUGUCAUCACCAUGUUCUUCCUGCUCUGCUACUGUGGAGUCAACCUCUCCUGUGCUCUCCUCGACCUUGUUGACGCCCCCUCCUGGCGCCCCCGCUGGCGCUGGCACCACUGGCUCGUGUCUCUUGCAGGGGCGCUACUCUGUCUUGUCAUCAUGUAUCUCAUCUCCUGGUUCUUCACGCUAGUGUGUCUCACUCUAGCCGUGCUCAUCUACAUCUACGUCAGCAUGGUGGGCAAGGCGGGCGACUGGGGCGACGGGGUCAAGUCAGCCUACAUGCAACUGGCUCUUCGAUCCCUGCACUUCCUCGGAGUCUCCCAGGUUCAUCCCAAGAACUGGUACCCCAUUCCGCUCAUCCUCUGCAAGCCUUGGGGCCUGCUUCCUCCUGAUGCGCCCUGCCAUGAGCGCUUGGGGGACUUUGCCAAGUGCAUGAGGAAGAAAGGGAGAGGACUGAGCAUCUUCGUCUCAGUUCUAGAGGGGGGAUACAGCUCCCUAGCACCAGAAGCUAUCAGGUCAGCACGGGUGCUCCUAGCCUAUAUCGACAGCAACCAGUGCGAGGGGGUGGCGGAGGUCAUGGUUGCAUCCUCUGUGAGGCAAGGAGUGGGGAUCGCCCUGCAGAGCAUGGGGCUGGCGGGCUUAAAGCCCAACAUCGUCUGCUUCCGAUACCCGGAGGCGUGGCAGCAGCAAGAGUCAAGUCACAUCCCCGAGACGUUUGUGAGCCUGAUCAACGACAGCAACACGGCGGGCAAGGCGUGUGUGAUUGUAAAGGGGCUGGACGAGUGGCCGGCAGAGGGGUGCCGGCAGUACGGCACAAUCGACCUGUUUUGGAUCGUGAGGGAUGGAGGCAUCAUGCUGCUGCUGUCGCAGCUGCUGCGCUCCCGACCCACCUUCGAUGUCUGCAAGAUCCAGGUGUUCUGCAUUGCGGAGGACGACGGGACAGCAGAGACACUGCAACUAGACGUGGCUCAGUUUCUGCACGACCUGCGCAUGCAGGCAGACGUGGUGGUGGUGACGAUGCGGGCAUGGGAAGACGUGGUGGGGGAUGAGGAUGGACCCGAGGCUGAGCUGGCGAGGCAGGGCGCGAUGGAGGCGUUUACCAGGGUGGGUGGAUUCACAUAG